UGUAGAAAAAACUGUAUUGGUCAAAAACACAAACCUAAAUCACUGCUAUCGCCGCCCACCUCAAUUACCCAUAGUAUCAUCCACCUACUUGCUGAAACUUUCAGCCGGAUCGCAAUGGCCUCGCCUUCGGAUUCCUCCAACCAAGAAGCUGUCGUCAGAAAACCAAACAUGGGGCGUCAAUUCAAGUUCUUGAUUCCGCUAAUUUAUGCCCCUGUUCUUCCCCUCAUUCGACUUUCGCUUCGACAUAAACCGGUUUUGAGGGAUCGUUUGUUCACUGCUGUGUUGGCUGGGGCUUUUGCUCAUGGGUUUUACUUGGUAACAGACCUAUAUGACAUUGAGAGCAAGUGAACUCCAGAGCACACCUGUGCUUGCAAUUUGCAACGUCACCUGUUUGUGGAUCACUUGCAGCUUGAUACUCUGGUUGCAGAAUAAAUACUCAUUGACAUAUUUGGUUUUACAUUUUUAGCAUUAAUUUUGGUGUCGAUUGAUAAGUGUGUCCUGUUAUUUUAAUCUUAAAUUAAUGAAGUAAUAAUCAUUGAGUAAGCUGCUAUUGUUGAGUUUAGACCUUAGUUGUGAGAAAACUUUUUUGUCUGCUUGAUUUGUUUGUUUAAUGAAGUAGCCCGUAUUGCCAG